UCCGGCCGCACCUGGCAGCUCCCGGCUCCCGGCUCCCCGCCCCGACGCAGAGCGCAGCGCCCGGAGCGGCAGCUGGACCCCCGGGGGAGGAGCGGCGCCGGAGCCGGCACCCACUGCGGUAGGGGCGGCGGCGGCGAGAGAAACCUCAGGAGGCGAGCGCAGCGGCCAUGGCCGAGUUCCCGUCUAAAGUGAGCACGCGGACCAGCAGCCCCGCGCAGGGCGCCGGCGUCACCGCUGCGGCGCUGCGCCCGGACCUGGGCUUCCUGCGCUCCCUCAUCGGUGCGCUCAUGCUGCUGCAGAUGGUGCUGGGCCUGCUGGUGUGGGCCCUGAUUGCUGACACCCCGUACCACUUGUACCCAGCGUAUGGCUGGGUGAUGUUUGUCGCUGUCUUCACCUGGCUGGUGACAAUCAUCUUCUUCAUCCUCUACCUGUUUCAGCUGCACACGAAGUUGUACAUGGUGCCCUGGCCACUGGUGUUAAUGGUCUUUAAUGUCGGUGCCACCGUUCUCUACAUCACGGCCUUCAUCACUUGCUCCGCUGCAGUGGAUCCAACAUCCCUGAAGGGCACCCGGCCGUACAACCAGCGUGCAGCUGCCUCCUUCUUUGCAUGUUUAGUGAUGAUUGCCUAUGGAGUGAGCGCUUUCUUCAGUUUCCAGGCCUGGCGAGGAGUGGGCAGCAAUGCAGCCACCAGUCAGAUGGCCAGCGGCUUUGCCUAGACCACCUGUGUCCAGGCCCACCUUGGAGCUGAAGGCUGCAGCCGGGUCCCGGUUUAGGGGCAGCCCACAAGCACGAGGCCUGAGGGCUGCAGGGAGUCAGCCCGGCAGGCGGACUGUCCUUGCUCCUGUUUGCUCACCACAUGGAGCACUUGUGACACUCCUAAGGAAACAGGGCCCUUCCUCUGGUUUGGCCCAAGUUGGCUGGAGACAGACCAUCUGCUGAGAUCUCCUCUGCACCUCCAUUCAGCAGAAGAUGAUGGGAAAUGGGGUUCUCAUUGUCUCCGCUUUGUCCUUAGAGGCCUUCAGAGUCCAAGGCCAGGGCCCACCUUUCUCACCAGCACUAAAUGCACUAACAAGACUCCUCCGACCUGCAGCCCCUGACGCAGAACACCAUAAAGCUAACAAGCAACAUGUGUUUAUAUUCCUUGUUCCAGGAGAGCUGAGCAAGCUCAUGCAACCUAUUCUGAGUUAUUAAAACAAAUGCCCAUGGCCCUUUCCCCCAAGGAAAUGUGUCACUUGUUGGGAGGGAGACAUUUGUGGGAAGAGGACUGUUGAUUUCUGACAGUGUGGUUUUCCUUCCCUGCAUUUUAAACUCACCUGUUAUUUAAAGCACAUCAGUUUUAAGCAGCUUCUCAAUGAGAAAACCCAUCCAGGUUUUCCAAGCCCUUGUUUUUUAAUACUCCCUUUGGGAAAAUCUAACAUCAGUGCCAACUGCUUUUCUGACACUGUUGAUUAAGCACUUGGGACAUGAAGUGAGGGAGGGACUCAAGACCUUGCCUGGCGAGUUGUCAUGUGGUUAGUGGUGACUUUUUUUUUAAAAAAACAAAAAUAAAGAUGGAAGAAGUUAUUUGGUAAAGCUGUUAGGGGAAUCAUGGUAUAGAUGUUUGUAAACUCCAGGAUGCUGGAGGUUAAGACUAUACAAAGAUCCCCAAAUGCCUGUUACAGGGAAAUCCAAGCUCCACGAAGUCAAUUGUGACAUGCUUCCUGCCUGCUUUGCCAGGACAGUCCCCGUUUAUGCUGCUUGUCCUGGCAUAAAGUUAAAUAGCAACCCUUUAUUCUCAAAAGUGUCCUGGUUUAGACAAAUCAGUCAACCUACCUUUAGGCAGGUAAGGUCAUCUUCCUGAACUUAAAGUCUACUUUUGAAAGUUUGUGAAGUUCAGAGAAAAUAUAAUCAAAGUGAUUAGCCCGUGCUAGAUGCUCAGAACAGGUAAAGGUAGCAGAAAGGAGAGCAGCUAAGUCCUUCUCAACUUAUUUUUAUACCACAGCCCAAUAUUCUUUGAAUAAGCCACAGGCAUUUCCAGGCACUCCUUAGUCUUUAAAAAACAAACAAACAAACAGCAACAGUUAAAAUGUAACUAGAUUCAAGCAGCUGGAAAUGAGCUAUUCUGUUAAUAACUGGUGGGGAUCAAGUAGGGUAAUCCAUGUUCCAGUGCCUGUAUUAAUAGCAUCCUUUUUGUUCAGUGUCUCCGUCUGAACAAUAAAUUACAUUCAUCCCAGGAUUAAGUCACAAGAAGAGUUUAGCUUCAAGGAAGAUCAACCCAUCUUCUCUUGAGGCUUAAGAGGAAACAAAAUCCUAGACAAGUUAGAAAGCUCAGGCCUAUCACCAGGUUUCUGACCUCAGACUAUCUCAGUAGAGCCAUCAUAGAUGUGCAUAGUCAAACAACUACUUUUUGGUUCAGGCCAGCACCUACCUACCUCCUCCUUAGACUCUGCUGUGUGGGUGAACACUGCUUCCUGCAGGUGGGGAGUCCGGGUAGGAAGCAAUAGGAAAAUGCACCCUCUCCUGAGGCCGGGGCCAAUGUCGGGUUUCCUCACCCUGGGUAAGGCCUGAGCCCCAUGGAAGGUGGCACAUGACAUCACAGGGUAGUUUCUGUGUGGACGGAGAGGCAGGUUUCUCAUUUUCUUCUAAAGGAAAUCAGAAAGUCUAUCUUCUAUUCAGGCUUGCUUUCCUCUGAGUGGAAAAGGUGAAAAGGACAGUUUCCCUUUCUCCUAUUUCGUCAUUUUAUCUUUGGAUCUUCCUAACUGCCUUUUCUAGCCUCCCAGACUGACUAACAGGUCUUCAUCGUGGGCUUCCAGCACGCCGGCCUGCGAUGGACAGUCCUGUUUAUACUAACAAGAUGGGACAGCAAGCCCAGAAAAGAUGGCAUUUUUAAAAACUGGCUCUGAGAGUGCCUUUGCCUCAAAAGGACCAAAGCACUAAUAUCCUAAUGGCAGCUACAUUAAAGGUGUUGACUAGUUUAGAACAGUGGUUCCCACAAAACACCUCAGACUUUUACUCACAGUGCUAAAGUGUUUCUUAGUAAGCAACACAGUACAGAAAAACAUGCCACCUGUAGCUUAUUCUUUAAAUCCAGAACAGCUCAGUGGAAAGUCAGUACAGAAUUUUAUUUUUAUUUAAAAACUUUUUUCAAAGGUACACGUUGGGAAUUAAACUGUUUUUUCUUCUUUCUCAGGACAUGGCAUACAUGUUUUCUGGUCACUAAUGUUAUACCAAACAUUUUACUAAACCAAAGCCAGACAGAAAGCCAUGAAAGCUGUUUGCUACCUGCUAGUCAUGCUGAGCUAGAGCAGUGAACACCAUCUUGGUAGGAGAGAUGUGAUGUGAAGAAGCAAUUGCAGUCACGUUUUUUUUUUUCACUAAACUUGACACCCAUCCCAACAAAAUCUAAUGAAUUGAUUUAUAUAGAAAGGAUUUUAAGGAAACCUGCACAAACACUUAACAUGCUAUAUAAGUAAAGGAUACCUCUUAGUCUACAUUCAGCGCACAGCUCACAUUCAUCAGUGCCCAGUUAGGAACACCAAUGUAGAAAGCAUUUUUGCUUUCAUAGCACUAACAUCUAAAAAGCACACAGCAUAUAAUACUUUGAUCUUUAAGUGGGUAAUCAUGGAAAUUCCAAGAUUAGAUCCACUAGGUUAGCCUGAGUAUUCAUCUAUAAAAAUAUUUUUCAAAAAAUAAUGCUUAAAAGAGGCUUCUAGGAACACAGUGGGACUAUAUCAAGACCAGCAGAAGAUAGUGACAAAAGGACUAGAAAACACAAGCUGAGUUUUACAUGCAGCUUUUAGGUAAAAGGCAUCUCUUUCCACUGACUGCCAAGGCCAAGACUAGCUAUGAAAAUAGGGGCUCCGGAAAUCUAGAGACAGGAGUGGUGACACUCUAGAUAAAACACUGAAAUAAAAACCCACCCAGCUGGACCACUGGGGCUGAAGGACUGAAACCAAGCAAAAGAGCUGAGCAUGCAGAGAAGAUUCCUGCAAAGCCUACUCUGGUACUGGGGGCAGAGAGGGCUCGUGAUGGUGGGUUACUCCACACUGUUGACAUUCCAUUUAUGCUGAAGGAAGGGCUUCUCCCAGAUGCACUUGAGAGAGUUGUCUACUCUAGGAGGGGCUCUAGGGUUACUGAAUACAAGAAGGUGGCUCAGGAGAAACAGGUCCUGGGAGGGUCAGGGAAUUUUCUUUUUGACUCAUCAAUACUUAACAUUAAUGAAGAGCCACAUGACAGUCAGUCUUUGCAAGCUGUAUUCUCUUGUUGGCAUUAGCCAAAGCCUCAUUGAGCCCACCACGCUGGUGACGUCUAGACCCAGUCCAGUGCUUAGAGAUGGGAGCUAGUGCCGCAGAUUGUUCUGGGAAGCUGGCGUGGAAGAUGAUUUGCACAAUGAAGUCACCACUAAACCACUGCUUAAGUCCAAUCCUCGGCCUUCUUUUUCCUACAUAAGAAAAGUGACAACUGCAAAGUCAAGGAGUAGGAAAGUCCUUCCUGGCUCAGGACCCUGCCUCUGGUAUGGGGAAGGAGGUGCUGUGGGUAGAACUGCAUACCACCAGGGGGUACACAGGAAGGGGAGGGAGGGUAUUCUGCAUUUUUGCUUAAUUCUAGCCCUGUUUAGUCUUAAAAAGUACACUUUUCUACAUUGAAAAACAUUUGUUUUUCAUAUAAAAAGCCUGUGUUAUAUGAAACGCAAGGCAGAAUUAAAACUGCUUUUUGGCUUUGCCCUUUUGAUUAUUUCAGGGCCCUGGGGAGGUGCUUGAGGCCUGUUUCACCAAAACAUGAAAAUGAUUGGACAGCAUGAGUCCCAGGUCCCAACUAGGGUACAACAGAGGCUCAAUCUUCUGGUACCUCACUAGCCGCUAGACUAAUACUGGCCAGUCCUGAGGGAGAAUAAUGGGGAAGCAUGGGAAGUAGUUUGUGUUUGACAGUUCUGUUUCCAAAUGGUUCAAUGUGACUAAAAAGGCAGAAGUGACUUACUGCUCUGUAGUCCAGAAACAUUUCUUUAAAAGCCAGAAAAUCUGUAAAUGUGAGCAGCAUGUCAAAUAUGUCACCAGCCACUUCAUCUUUAUGGUGCCUACAAAAGGAAAAGGAUAGCUGUUUCUUCAAUGAAUGACAUGCAGGCAUCCUCUCUUCACUAUUUCAUUCAAAAGUUUUGAAGACCUCCCACCCAAGAACUAACCAUCAGGGCCCUGACAGUCAAGCACUGGAAAAAAAAAAAAGUCUUUUCAGAGUGGGGAAGGUGAAAAACCAUAAAAGAUAUAGAGAGGCAAACUCAACUCACUGUAAUGUUGUUGUGAAAGCCGCCAUGUUAAAUCCAGGAAUCCUCUCCAGCAGCUGUUCCUCAAUAUACUUUUCUACCAAGGAAAUCUACAGCAGUAAAAAGGAUCUUGGUCAGACCACAAUUUAGGAAAAGAAAAACUUCUUUUUCAGAAAUCCUGUCCUCCAGUCCUUCACAAAUAUCUCCUGAGUGCUGGGGACAUGAAAGAGGACCAAAACACAGCUCCUGUGGCCUAAUGUGGGAGCAUAUUGGCAGAUAAUUACACUGGUGAAUGCUCUAAUAUAGGUAGAGGCUUUUCUUCUUGGAUAGAUGAAAAUUUUGCAAAAAUAACAUCAACAAAAAGCAUACAUUUGGAGUGGUUACAGGUUCCUUCUAAGGUUUCACCUAAACUGAGGCUUGGCUUGAAACUUCUUUCAUCCAUUAUGCCGGGCCUUUGUGUUAAGAAAAUAGUCUUGGAGGCUUAAACCUAUUCUUAGGCAGCUGAUGUUAUCCCAGGAGGCUGAGACCACCAACUAGUUAGUGAUCUUGAUCUCAGUUUUCACUUUUACCUAACAGCCAGGCAAACCUGUCUGGAUUAUGAAGUAGAAAAAAACUGCAUAUGAAAGCCAAAAGGCCAAAAGCAUACAAAUGCAAGGUAUGUUGAAACCACAUACUAUAAAUGAAACAGCAUUUUUUAAAUUAAGUAGCUGAUGAGAUCAUCAAAUAUUUGUCUGAAAGACUUUUGGAAAAUGACCACAUGAGCUGCGUGGAGAAAUAAUCAACAGGAGAUGGGAACUAUACCAGUUUCUAAUUGGGUAUUGGUGGCAGAUUUUAAAAGGCAAGAGCAAAUUCCAACAUCUUUUGAUUCUGCAUUUAAAUUUUAAAGAAAUCCUCAUCUGGUAAGAGAAAAAGAAAUCCACUUACAUAUUCAUUAAAAAUGGGCGUGUAGGUGAGUUUAUUCUCUUCUGUGUCUUCAAACUCCUGGUAGUACUUGUCCAUGAAAUUUCUCUGUAAUAACUGGAACUCGUCAUCUGAACCAUAACAGGGAAAUGUAUUCUUUUUACUGGAGACUAAAAAGCAUCUGGUAUAUGAGGCAGUACUUCUGUGGUGGUAGUUCUGCUUUCUCCCUGGCCAGUGGAGGUGAGGGAAAGCUGAUGGUGUUUUAAGGGGACAGGACAUUCUGCUGAAUGGGAUGUAAAGCAAUCCAGUCCAUUUUAAAUACAUUUCCUAUAGGGUGGCUUGGGAACUCUCUCACAUUAUCACUUUUCUAUAAAGGAACAAAUCAGUUCUCUCUUAUUUUAGCUAUAUACUCCAGAAUAUAAUGUUAGUAGCAGUGGUACAAACUUUAGUGAUUAAAAGUAUGGCCUCUGAUAGAGGCCAGACUAUCUGGGUUCAACUCCCACUUCAGCCAUUUAUUAGCUGUAUGACCUUGGAAGUUUCUUAAUUUCUCUAAGCCCCAGUUUCUUCAUCUGAAAAAUGAGGAUGAUAACAGUAUCUAUCUCACAGAAUGGCAAGGCGGAUUUUGGACAUUAGGGAAUUUUAAUCUUAACAACUGAACAGAACAUUAUUUCUAAAAAUAAAAGGAAAGCUUCACAGAGGACCAGACAUUGGGAUAAAUACCGUGGGUUCUCCCACAGCAUACAGGCUACCCAUAAUAGGCAGUUUCCUCAGGAAUCCUCAAAGCCACAUGGGAUGAGAGUUUAGCUGUGAAAAGGGUUAAGGGUAUUAACUUUUACAUGACCUGAAGGUAUGAAUACUUAGUCAGCGAUUUUCAGACUAAACUGGAUAAGCUAUACAGCCAGUAACACCAAAAAAUAUUAUGUUUCUUUUCCUGAUUCUCAGAAAACUUAACAGAAUUUUCUCAUUAGUUUUUCCUACCCAUGUAUUUAUCUUAAGCCUUUGGUGCUUGUCACACUGCUUCCCUGUUACUUAGCAGGACUUAUUUACACCAAAAUGAACCCACAAAAAAGGACUAAAAACCCAGGAAACCGGGAACCAGCUGAAGGACACCUUUGUUUUCUUCAUGGACCUGUGUGCUUCUGGUUAUAGUUUUACAGCACAAAAAUAUUAAAGCUCAAACUAUCUGAAAAAUGAGACUCCUCAUAUACUACAUGACGAGAUAAAGUGGGUCCAUCUUUCCUGAAGUUUUCCCAAGAGCCCCAUAACUUCUAGAUACCCCACCAGUCAGGCCUGGGGACUCUAUACGGCUAUUAGUUGUUCUGAGGGGUACGAGGGUAUUUGUCUCAAAGGCAAAUCACAGUAAGGCUUACUAAUAUCACUUGCACUACAUAAAAAAUGACAUGUAGCUUCAUGUUUUCUUUUAAAAUGAACUCUCCAAAUUGAUUUCAAUGUCCUUAAAAGCCCCCAAGGGUCUAAGAACUAAAGAGUACUGGUCUUCCAGUUGUGGUGAGGAAGCUUACCCAUGAUAAUGUCCUCCAAAUAUCCAACCACAGCAUCAAAUUCUGCAUCAGAGGCGGAAGAGCUGAAAAUUAAUAUUCCCGGAUUAGGUGCUGUAUCAAAUUAUUGGUUAAUUUAAAAGUUACGGUCAUUUUCAAACACGCAAAAAGAAAAUUAAGUAAAAUGACCUGCCAUCACCCAGCUUUGAUAAUGAAGAAUGAUUGUCUAAUCUAGCAAUUCCAAACAGAAGAAAACCCACUUUCCCCACCAGUGGUAUCAAAGUUGAAUGUUAUGGUUCCACUUUCAGGAAACCCUGACAUGAGACAAUGAAUUACAAAAGGGACAAAUAAAGGGAGCAAAGGCUGGCUUCCUCGCAUUUAUCUGCGCGGGAUCUACUCACCGCAUCGCUAUCACCUCACACCUAUUUGCUUGUCAGCAUGAAAACGGCGUGGGCGAGA